GCCGAUGCGGGCUCGUUACGGACUCUACUACAGAAUCUUCCCCCUUCCCGCGAGAUUUUGGCCUUUUAUCAGGCCAAGGUCCAACAGUUCGAAGCCGAAGAGGCUGAAUGGGCCUCGAAAUUGUCCUCACACCGUGAUUUGAUCGAGGCCAACUUGCAUUUAGAACGGCAAGCGGCGGUCAAGGACGAGGAGAUCGGUCGGUUGCAGACUGCGGUCCAAGAAAUGCGGGCGGCCUUGGUGCAUGAACGCAAACGGUCACAACAACUCGAGACCCAAAACGACAGUCUCAAAAUUCAAGAGCUGGAAAGUCGUCAAAAGAUGCUUGUUUUGCUGGAGAUUUGUGGGAAAACGGACAAUGAAAUCACACGCCUGUUGACCCAGGCCAAGGGUAAGGAGAAACAAGAUAUGUUCAUUCCUGAGAGGAUCAAAGAUUACAUCCGACGAGAUGAGAAGCGUCUAAACAAUCGGCGAGUUCAAAGAAGUGCGGAGAAUCUUCGCUUGGAGGUCUUGGCCUUGGAAAGUCAGCUCUUGGAGCAAGAAAAAUGCCAUCUGGAACAGGUGUCCAUGUUAGAGGAGGAUAAAAGAAAUCUCCGUCACUCACAAGAGCAGAUUCGCCAGAGUUAUGAUGGCAAAUUUGAUGCCAUGUCCAAGCAGUUGGAAGUUCUGGCGCAAACUCAAGAUGAAUUGACGCAAGAACUGGUGAAGUCACGUGGGAAAUUUCGCAAGAAAGAACGCCAAUGGAUCAAUGAGAAAGAGGUAUUCCUGAGAAAACUCCAAUUUAUUCAGCAUUACGGCUGUGAUCAAUCUCCGGAUGAAGCCGGAUUCUACACGGGACAACGCUCCGCUUUCAGACUCGGAGGCGAGCAUCAAUUUCGAAGAAGAAUUGAGAAAAUCACGGCCGAGCUGAGCGAGCAAAAGCAAUUAGUGGAGAAUUAUAAAUCCCGUUUAUUAAUCAGCCAUGUCGAGAGUGAGAAUCUCCGAGAACAGAGCCAAAGCGCCAAAGACAUUUUGAGAAAACGAACCAAGGCCAUGCUUGAGCAAGUUGAAGUGCUCAAAGACAGAUACGAUGCGUUAGAACAAAGGAAACGAAAAGAGGCCGAAGGCUAUCAAGCGGAUGUGAUUCAACUGCAGCAGAAAAUCAAGAAGAUUGAAACCCAAUUGGUGUCCACCGCCAUUUCAAAGAACAAAGAGCAUGAUUACAUCAAGACAAUCAAAGCCUACGAAAAGGAGCUAGAUGAAAUCAAAAGAAGCCUGAAGAAAAAUCCUCAGUGGCUGAAUUAAUCCAUAUAGAAGUCAAACUCUACCAAUUCCUUGAAAUCGGUUGUAGCUCAGGACUGCCAUUUAAAUGCAAACGGGUAUGAUUGGUACCACCUCCGAUUCAAGAAUGAAUUCAAUGGCUCGUGCCUGAUCAUGUGGUUUGUGGUUUCAAAGACGCAAAAUAAUGUGCUUUCCUAAGCAGACAAUAAAACGAAUGAAUGAGCUGUU